AUGGCGUCCCAAGACCCUGGACUCAGCCAAGCUGAGGAUCCUACUGCUCAAGAAUAUCUAAACCUUACACAGCGUGUUAUCGACUAUCUGGCAAAGAAGGGAUAUACAAGGACUGAGGCAAUGCUUAGGAUGGAGUCUGCCAAUCAGGAGAUUGACGGCCGCCCUCUUCCACCUGCGAGCGAAGAGGCCCGCCCGAAAUUCAAGUUGGCGUUUGAAAUGACGAGGAAAUGGAUCGAAGACAAUCUGGACAUAUACAGGCCGGAACUGAGGCGCGUUCUGUGGCCCCUGUUUGUCUACUCGUAUCUGAGUUUCAUCUCAUCCUUGGUCCCUCUGGAGGGCCGCCAGUUUUUCGAGGCAAAUAAGAACUUGUUCCUCCCUGAGCAUACAGAAGAUAUUCGCGCUCUAGAACCAGUAAGCCUUCCCGAACAUGUGCAGGAGAAUAGCGUUGCGAAAAUCUACCGUAACAACAAGUAUCGUCUCACCUUAAGCACUCCGGCUUUUUCCAACCUCGUCCAGUUUCUGGAGAGCAAGCAAAAGGAGGGAGGAAUGGUGAUGCUGGCGAUCUUAAGCAGCUACUGCACUAUAGUUACGAAAGAGCGUGCCGCAGAUGAUCGUUUUAGCUUUGCUGCGAUGCUAAACCGUGCGAAUGAUAUUUCAGGAAUCCCAGCGGAGGAUGAGGGGAUACCAGGCCACCAUCCUGGAUCUGCAUACACUGGUGAUAACCCUGCGAUGGCUGGGACCCUUCCUAGACUCAAGCUUGGGAAGCUUCCACUGGAACCAACUCUCGAAGGAGAUGUUCGUGCCGAACUUGAGGAAGCAGACGUCAAGGAUCCGCCUACAGGUGGUCGUCCUUCUCUUGUUCAGCACUUUGAACAGAUGAUUAAGAGGGAGGAGGACGAAGAAGCUCCGACACGCGCUGAAAUACCCUAUCCGCCAUCCCUCGCCCGUGACGUUGCCAUGGAGGUGCAAAGGGUCAAGGAGAAUCGCGAUAGGUUUAAGAUUGAUGGCCGAACUGGAGGUGUGGGGCCUGCAAUUAGCGUUUGCAUGUUCACCUUCCACAAUACGCAUGAUGGCAUCAACUGCUUGGAUUUCUCUGGGGAUAGUAUGCUCGUCGCUGCCGGAAUGGCUGAGUCUUAUAUUCGCGUUUGGAGUCUUGAUGGCUUGCCAAUUCCACCAACGUACCCGGAACUGGAAAAGGAUGAAGGGGCUGUACCCCCGGCAAACUCUCACCGCCUCUUUGGUCACUCUGGGCCAGUUUAUGCAGUCGCCUUUGCACCAUCUAUCGCCAGUCCUGAUGAGCAGGAGGUCAAGACUAAUACCCGCUGGCUUCUCUCGUCGUCUGCUGAUAAGACCAUCCGUCUCUGGUCACUUGACCUUUGGCAAUGUAUGGUGAUCUACAAAGGCCAUGCAUCUCCAGUUUGGGACAUUGCUUGGGGUCCUUAUGGGCAUUACUUCGUCUCCGGUGGUCACGACAAAACAGCCCGUCUGUGGGUGACAGAUAGAGUCCGCCAGCAGCGAAUCUUCGCAGGCCAUGACGACGAUGUCGACUGUGUGGCCUUCCACCCGAAUUCUGCGUACAUUUUCACCGCUAGCUCCGACCACACCGUGCGUAUGUGGGCUGUUACUACUGGAAAUGCAGUUCGUAUGUUCACUGGACACACCGGAAAUGUUACCGCCCUCGCAUGCAGCAAUAGCGGCAAACUCCUCGCAUCAGCAGAUGAUCAGGGAUCCAUCUUCCUCUGGGAUCUUGCUGCCGGAAAACGUCUGAAGCGUAUGCGCGGCCAUGGGAAAGGUGGCAUCUGGUCGCUUACCUGGAGUGCUGAGUCCACCGUCCUCGUCUCUGGUGGUGCAGAUGGUACCGUUCGCGUUUGGGACGUCGCAGUUCCCGCCCAGGAUCUAGCUAGCCAGGGACGUGUGAUUGGCGAAGGAGGUGCAGGGACCAAGAUCGAUGCUGGAAACGCUACCGCGGCAUCAGGCGCUCAGGCUACCGCUACUGGCGUUUCAGCGUCUAAGACUGCUAAUAAGAAAAAGGGGAAGAAGGGUAAGAGUAAGGAGGUUGUCGUCACGCCUGAUCAGAUCAGUGCUUUCCCUACUAAGAAGAGUCCUGUGUACAAGACUCGUUUUACGGGGAUGAAUCUGGUUGUUGCUGGUGGCGCGUAUAUGCCGUGA